CAGUCAGUUAUUUCAUUACUCUCAGUUUCAUUAUAGAGCGUUCAGUUUGGUAGAUGCAUCAGUUCUUUGCUUUCAGAGGCGAAGAAAGCGAAGUAGUGGAACACGGGAGUAUAUCCCUCAGUACAGGUCUGGACCAUAUGCCCUACUUAUUACACUCUACAAUGACUCGAGGGAGCCUGGGAGUAGAGGUUUUAUGACCAAGAGACAACUACAGACUGAGGCACAGCCACUAGCAGAUAAGUCAUUCACUAUUCCAGACCCUGGUGUACGUUACACAGCAUGGUCUUCUAUGGGGACUCUUAUACAGAAAGGUUAUGUGAUCAAGGAGAGCAAUCCAGCCAAGUACAGUAUCACUGACACUGGCUCUGAACUGGCUGAUAAAAUUUUACGCAAUGCACCUGAUGAUGUACUCAGAAUGCAACAGCCUGCAGCAGACGGAGCUCCACCA